GUGAGAAGACAGGGUCACUGAACCAUCACGAAAAUAUUGCAGGAGCAAACCAACCCCUCCGCCAUCCACAACAGACACUCUAUGGCUCGAUUUCACAGUAAAGUCUUCUUUUUUAAUAACACCAAACACACGCCUAAGAAAAGACUAGACUCUUUCCAAACCUGUUUUGUGGGGCAAUUCCUGCUGUGUGUGUGUGUGCACGAAUGUGUGAAACGAAAUUCUGCAGCCUCGUUUUGUAUAUUACCCCUCUUCAGAAUAAUAAUAUUAUUGUUCCCUUGCGGUGUGGCAUGGUGUCCUGUUUAGAGACAAGUCUAAUGUUGGCAACAUACGCUCUGGGGCUUUCUUCCGUAUUUCUGGCUUGUGCGACAGAAAGCUUUUUCGUUGGAAAUCCCAAUAAAUUGAAUACUCAAACGCUCUGUUUAGGCGAGAGGAACUGAAAUGGAACAAAUCGAAUAACGAACUUUUGUUGAAUCCGGCCACCCGUGAAUUCUGUGAACAACAAAGGGAAACUACUAUCACGGAAACAAUUUGAAAAUAUAAACAAAAGAACAGUUGCACACUGUUUUGAACAAUGACGGGCCAAUGUUCUGUGCCAGCCGCAAGGACCGUUGUGCUAUUUUUGGCCGUGAUUUCCAUGACGUGGUACACAGCGUGUGAUUGCGCACUACGCAACUCCAGCCUGGCGUGCACGCGUGGACAGAGGCAGACUCGGCACCAGAUCAAGUGCAGCCGUACUGGCGGCGAGGAGGACUCUGGGAUUAUCCUCAUCAACAGGAUCUUUUACGGCACUCCACCCCUCACCAGUGGCUGCAGCCGGACGGCGCCAUAUGAACACUGCUGUGUACGUGACGACUCAGAGGUGGACUGCCUCUUCACAGACGACUAUGAGCUGCUCAAGUUCUCGAGAUUCUGCUCGUCUGCCUCCACAUGUACUCCCUCCGGCCGCAGGCUGAACUCAGAGAAAGGAUCAUGUAACCAGACGAUCUACCCCUCUCUGACAUCAUUCUCGUUUGUGGAGUAUGAAUGUGUCGACACAACAAAAUUCAGAAACUUUUGUUCAGAUGUUUCUGUGUUCAGCUCAGGCGGCGAAAUAUUUUUGGACAGUAAUCAUGUGAUAUCCAACGAUAAGCUGAGCGACUCUGAAUGCAGCUGUAUUGUGGUAUCGGAGUGCGGAGCGGAGAUGACGUUUACGGCGUUGGAUGUGUGGCUGAAGAGCGAGAACGGAUCGUGUGUUGAAGAGCUUUUCUUUACCGACGCUCACAACAGUAGCGUUAAAGAACAGUAUACUUGCCGAGAUCCCGAUGAGUCCAUUCACGACCAAGUGAUCUUUACGUCACAUUCAAACGCUGUCAAUCUCAGAAUGAACGUUACCGGAGAGCAUAUCGGAAACGUGUUUAUUAGAGUCACCACCCCUCAUCCGGCUUCAGGGAUACAGCUUCUGUGUGGCACAGCGAAGUCUUUUUAUCAACCUACAUCUUCUGGUUGCUCUGACUUCGCGCAGGUCCCUGCAACUAUUGCGACCUUCACAGACAACCAGCAGUACACGACCACGCCGGCAGGGGCUGGGGAAACCAGUACAGAAUCUCAGGACGGAAUGGACGAAGAACCAAACACACUUCCCGUCACAAGCAGCUCAGACGAGCUCCACCCGGGUGCCAUUGCCGGCAUCACGCUGGCUAUCAUCGCUAUCAUCCUCGUUAUCGUUCUCAUCAUCAUAUUAGUGUUGGGUCGGCGGAAGAGAAAUUCGGGCGACGAGCGCGAGAUGGAACACCCGGUGUACUUCAAUAUGGGCCUGGACACGCCCUCCGUCUCCAACUUUGACGACAACUCUGAUGCUGACGGCUACGCCACUGUCUCGGAGGUUGUGUCGGAAAUGGAAGAGAGUUCUGUGGGGAAGUCGGGGAAGGCAGAGCCGUCUAGCUUUGCCUUUGAGAACCCCAACUGUGUGGAGUAUGAGAUGUAUGGAGCAGUUGGUAUAGAUGGAGAGGGGGGCAGUAAAUACUCAGACAAAAAAACGCCCUAACUACCUUCCUGUCCGCGCCACUGUUAUAAAGACGUAUUGUUUAUAAGAUCGAGCUGUGCCACAAUAAAAAUUUUAAAAAUAACGAUUAAAAAACGAUAACCAAUACCACCUGAUACUAUUCCACCACUGCACACAGCCAGUUUUGUUUUCCAAGUUUUCAGCCCAGCACGACAAACGUACUUAUAACUGGGCUUCCUUUUAAGCUAUUCGGCUAAAAUAAACACCAAACUGAGUAGAAAUAAUAAAUGAUAUAUGCUGUUAAUUCCAGUCUGCUUUUAGAUAUAAUGAAUUGGCCUGGGUUUCACAUCGUGUACUCAGAAUUAAGACAUGUCCUAUACACAACUUGUCUUCUUCCGUGACACAACUGUGGCCUCAGCACAAGUCGCCGUUACCACAAGAUCUAUUGUACCGAAACGGUUCCCAGCUAUGUUUGUCGAACAUCAUAACUUAAAUAAAUAUAGAACUUGUCUUGAUUCGCCUUCAAACGGACUUCUAUAAACUUCUCAUAACUCAUAACUAUCCAAAAACGGUUAGUUUGGUAAGAAAUUAUGCCGAAACACAGCUACGGUGCUUUGAAAACAAUCGAGCAUAUUAUAUUUUCCAAAUAGUGGCUUAAAGCAGUAUAUUAUUAUUGUUUAUGCAGACAGUUCUUAACUUCUAUCUUCGUGUAACACCAUCUAUUUUAUACGUAGCUGUGAGGAGAUUGCUUUUGACUUUUGUCUUUUAUUUUAUUUCUCAAGUGUCUCGUUAACUUCUAGACAUUUUAGGGAGGGUGGGGAGAGGCAAAUGUAUGAAAUAAAGAAUAUCAUAGCGUUAAAACAAGAAAAA